UGUCCCAUUAAUGAAAAAAAUGAGAUAAAAUCUUAAAAACAAACAUGUAUGAACAUUUUUUUAUUAUCGCCAAAGGUCAUUUUAUUUUGAAACAAUGUUUGCAUUAAUUAUAUACAUUGUAUGUAAUUAUGUUUUGUUGGAAAAUCAUGACGUCAGUUAAAGAAUCAAGUAUUUAUUUUAAGCACAUCUGGAUGGAGAAGAUAUUCACGAUGGAUAUAUGUGUUAUUAUUUGAAGUUGGAUACGGUCCAGUUGUUGGUACUUUAACUUAGUUUCGGGGAUUGUCAUAAAUAAGGAGUUUUAGAUGGAACAUAUACCAUUAAUUUGACAUUAAAUGUGUGCGUUUUAGAACUGGAUUUCAGAAGUUUAUUGAGCAUAAUCUUAAUAAAGUUCUUUUCAUUGCCAUACAUACGAUAAUUAUAAUGCGCAUGUAUACUUAUAUGUAGAUUAAAGAAAAACAACAAAAGACGGGAAAAAUCAAGAAAUGGCAUGUAGGUACACAAUGGGUUGAACUAGAAUAGAAAAGAAUACAGAAAGGAAAGCAACACCACCAGUGAUAUCAAUGACAGUAAUAUUUUUAUAAACAAUUUUAACAGUGGCUUUUGCAGAAUAUUCACGAGCGUUGAUUUUUAUUUAAAAAGAAACCUUUAUCCAACAAAAUAUACAAGGCAUAAUCAAAACACAAUGAGUUCAAAAAUAUAUUUUGAUUGUCGUAAAUUUAUUAUAAUUCUUUUUAUGAUUUGCAUUCCAUAUUACCUUUACUUUCUAAAAUUUUCUUACUUUUUAAUUUCGGAACAUACUUUGGACAAAACAUAUAUAAAUACUACUUCAUUUAGAAUGAUUGAAAUUUCAAAUACGAGUAGAAGAAAUAAUCGCAUUAAAUAUUACAGAAAAUCUUUGAAUAAAGUAUCUGAUAUGAUUCAAACACAAAUAAAGGAGCCGAAAAUGCAAAAACAAUCAAUAACCAAGACAUUCUUUAGCCGUAGUAGAAAUAUUCCAAUUUUUAACUGUUCAAGACUGUUUGAAAGCAUAACCAUAUUGGAUGUCUCAUUAUACGUCAGAUUUCUAAACAAAACACCAAUAAUAACCCCUCAAAACUACAUGGAAAGUACUCGGAACUGUUCAUCUUUCAUCACUGACAGAGGCUAUAUAACACACCAUUUGACAGUAGAGGAACGGAAUUUUCCAAUAGCUUUUAGUAUUCUUAUGUAUAAAGAUGUAGACCAAGUUGAAAGACUUUUACGUACAAUUUAUAGACCACAAAAUAUUUACUGUAUUCACGUUGACUCUAAAACAGAUGACGCACUAUAUAGUGCAAUUCAAAAUGUAAGCCAUUGUUUUGACAAUGUGUUUGUUUUAAACAAACGAGUUAAUGUUAAAUGGGGAGAAAUGUCCGUUUUAGAGCCGGAAUUGUUGUGUAUGAAAGAAUUGUUAACCCGGAACAAACGUUGGAAAUAUUUCAUCAAUCUGACAGGGCAGGAAUUUCCAUUAAAAACUAAUUAUGAAUUAGUUAAAAUUCUUCAAGCAUAUAAUGGUUCAAACGACGUGGAAACAUCAGUUAGAGAAUUUACAACUAGAUGUGUCAACAAAACAUCAGCACCUCAUGGAAUACGUGUUACUAAAGGAGCCGUGCAUGUGGCCGUGAGUCGUGGAUUUGUCGAGUACGCAAUAUAUGACCAGAGAGCACAUGACAUUUUGACAUGGAUGAACAAAUCAUGUUACAUACCGGAUGAAGCGUUCUUCACCACACUGAAUCAUAAUCCACAUCUAGGUGUACCAGGCGCUUACAAAGGUCACCCCGAAACAACUGUGAUGGCAAACAGCAGAAAACCAUAUCUAGCUCGGUAUAAAAAUAGACAACGUAUUAGUAUAUACCACUCCACAUGUCGCGGUAAAUGGGUGAGAGGAAUGUGCGUGUAUGGUCAUAAAGAUUUACCGGUUCUACGGGGCCGUAGAGAGCUGUUUGCAAAUAAAUUCCACUUGCAUACAUUUCCUGUUGCAUAUGGAUGUAUGGAGGAACUCAUAUUUAAUCGAACACGAGACGAAUUUCAAGGAAAAAGAAAGUUUAAUGCAAGCUGGUAUUCUACUUUUGAUUUUGUUACAAAUAAAGUUGAAUAAGAACACUGGAACUUAAUUAUGACUAAGGCUAGCCAUGUGUACGGAAACUUACUUUCGAACCAUGGUUAAUAUCAAAAAUUGUUAUUCAUGUAUACAACCAAUGAAGUGUAAAAUCACGAAAAUAGUUAAGUUUUGAAAUAUAUUUAAUAAUUGUAUAUUCGUAUUAUUGUGAAUUCUAGCAAUUUAUAUACUGUGUGUUAUGCUUGUUUUUCGAAAAAGAGAAAAAUAAGUUUUUUCCAGAUAUUUAUACAUCACGAAAGCACGUGUCUAGUGUUGUGUAGCAUGCCUUCGGGAUCAUUUAUUCCAGCACUUUUAGGUGUAGAAAAUUGAGUACCGCUCAAGCCGGUGCUAGGGGGCAUGAGUGAU